GCGGCGUUUGUUGCGGUUUCAAUAUUUUUGUCGUUCAACCUCGUGCUGUUAAAAUGAGACACAAAAUGAAGCAACAUGUGGUUCGUACCUGAAGAGGUUUCUGCAUACAGAUAAACGAGAUGUUACUGCCAGUCCGAAGAAUAAACAUUUACGAAAUUUUAAAUGUAAACUGGAGCUUCCGGUAGUUCAGACUGCCUGACCCCACGUGGUCUGCAGCACAGCUGUUGACCAGAAACAGAAACAGCUCCAAGCGGUCAGGUUGAUAUAACACACCGACUGAAGAAGAGGUUCGGUGCUGCAGAUACUAGCAUGGUUGGAAAGAUAAAACAUGUCCGCCAGAAGCUCCACCAGGAGGCGGUGAAGCUCCACGGACCCCGCAGCCUCCCUCAGGCCAGCGGGAAUGAGCUGUCCCACAGUCCGCUACAGCUCCACAGCACACCGUCGGCGCCACCCGUGGACAAAGAGCAGACCCACUCCAAACAUGCAGGACAGACUGAUUGUCAGAGCUCCUUUCCUUCUGGGAUAUUUGCUGCCACCAAGAUCUCUGCUGAGUCUCUGGUCCAAACACUCAGCUUUGAGGAACUCCCUCAUGUCCAGCCUACCAACACAGGGCCUGUGGAGAAAAGACUCAAGUCAAAGAAAGAGAAGAUGAAGGAACGAAGAGAAAGGUGGCUCAGCAAGAUCAGCUCCAUCAGACAGGCCAAGGAGCAGCAGGCGGCGGAGGCCCGGCGCCAGGCCACCCCUGUGGUGGGAGACCUGAAGCCGCUGGUGGACGCCCUGCCGGAGCUCUGCCAGCUCGUCGGACAGCCUACAGCUCUGGGAUCCCGCCGUAAGAUGAGGAAGAAUAAAACGCCAAUGAAGAGGCCUGAACCGACGGACUUCAGUCAAAUGAAGCAGUCCCAGAAGCGUAAACUGCUGGAAACCGAGACCAGCCGUUUCAGCGACGCAGUCCGGACACUUUCCAGCAAACAGAACCCACUAGCUGAUAUCGGUGAGCAGCUGAAGAAGAGGAUGAAGCAUGAGGAAGAGCAGGGUCCCAGUUAGUAGCAGGUGGACACUCGGACUAGAACUAGAACAGCGGUGUUUAAGGAAACCCAGGACCACCUGAUGACUGUAACCUGCAGCCUUCCAAUGUGACUUUUUAAUAAAUGAGCUUCCAGUUAUCGCCCA